AUGGCUGAAACAGAAUAUGAUGAAAAACUUUAUAACAAAUUGAUAGAAAAGUACAAAGAUUAUAUUGAUACAAUCGAUAAAUUAUAUAACAUCAAACCAGAGUUCAUUGAAGAUCUUUACACUAAUAUCAACGCGUUGAUCAAAAAAUAUAAAAUGUUGCCAUGCUUUUUCAUAAAUACAAUUGCCCUGUUUAUUCAAGAAGAUCCAUCUGCAAUCAAAUCAUACUGGACAAUUAUUGAAUUGCUCAUGAAAGAGCACAUUCCUGAAAUUGGAUUUAUAGCAUUGGAGUAUCCCGACAAUUUGAAGACACUAUUAAAGAAGAACUACAAAAAGAACCUGACUUGCGCCAAGAAAAUAAAGAUACAAGGCAAGCAAGAGAAGAUACUCGCCCCUUUUCCAGAAAGAUCAAUCGAAUUUCAUCUGCUCAAUGAUGAUGUCGAUUUUUUGAAGGAAAAAUCCAAAAAAGUUGAUGAAUCAACGCUCUCUAAAUGCUGCCAAUUUGGAGCAAUCACAUGCUACAACUACCUGAAGUCAAUUGGCUGCAAACCAAGUUCAAAUAAUGUUUCUGCAGCAAUUGCAGGCAAAAACAAAGAAAUUAUCAUGGAUGUGCUAAAUAACAUAGAAACAAAGGAUGGAUUAUGGUUGCAAUACCAGUAA